AUAAUUUCUCUCAUCUGGUUUUCAAGAAUUUAUUCCCAUAGAAAUCUACGAUCUCUCAGUCUCUCUCCCUUGUCUGUCCAGUUUGGUUUUCCGAUUCUCUCGUCGGCAGAUGAAUUCUGCAGUGGCAUUGUGUUGUUGGCAGUUCUUAUUUCUGAAUUUCUAUUAGCAGUAGGUGCUUUUUGGAGAGCAACUCUUGCAGAUACUCGAAUGGUGCAUUAAGAGUUAAAAGCAAAUGUAGUGUUUUGGUUCUGCAUGGGUGAAAUGAAGUAGCUUUGUUAUGUAGAAAAAAAAAAGUCUGGAGUUGUCAAAUGGUUGUGUACUGAUUUCCGAGUAAUUUGGUCGAGAGGGAAUUAAUGUUGGGACUGUUUUAUGAACACUAUAAAAAGGAUUAUUGGAGAAGGAAAACGAGAGGAACGAUGACUAUGACUUGAAUAUGUACGUUGAUGAAUUUUGAAAAUGACUUUUGAGCAAGGAUUCUGUCUGCUUGAUCAAAUUGGCUUCGUUCUAAUUGGUUCUUAAUUUCUUAUGAGUUUGGAAGGAUUCAGUUGGUAAGAACACUCUAAUGGGACAUAGUUCUAAGAAGAAGAAAAGAGGCGGUGGGGGUGGACGGAAGAGUAAGGGCAGAGUUCCUUCUAAAGAUCAUGCUUGUAACGUGGGUGACGAUGGUGAUGUCCUUUCUGAGGAGCUCACUGCCCUGGCUGCCAUAUUUCAAGAUGACUUCGAAGUUGUUUCAGUUUCACCACCUCAAUUUAUUAUAAAACUAAGGCCUUACUCAAAGGAUACAGAAUCUGAGGAUCUCUCUGUUUUAGCUCUUCUUAUAGUAAGGUGCAUGCCAGGCUAUCCAUAUAAAUGUCCAAAGUUGCAGAUAACCCCAGAGAGGGGAUUAUCAAAAGAUGAUGCUGAUAAACUUCUGGCUUUGCUUCAUGAUCAGGCUAAUUUUAAUGCUCGGGAAGGACGUGUUAUGAUUUUCAAUCUUGUUGAGGCUGCUCAGGAGUUCCUAUCGGAAAUUGUUCCUGUGGGCCAAUCUAAUGAAUCCGUUCCAUUCAGCAAUGUGUGCGGAAGGGAGAAAUGGCUACAUGGGGAUGUCAGUAUUGCUUCUAUCAAGACUUGCUCUUCUAGAGGACCUUUUGUUUAUGGUUUGGUGGAUCUGUUCAAAUGUCUUGGAGGGCCAUGGAAUUGGGGCCUUGGAGUGGAAAAAGAUCAGGGUGGAAAUUCUUCAACAUUCAAUCAUGCAUUGGACACUUCAAAAAGUGGAUAUAUGGUUACAGAGAAGCAUUUCUUACAAAAUGGAAAGCCUACAGUAUUGCAAGAUACAAUGCAUGGUCCAGUAUCACUGCCCACUGUGAAAUUAGAUGCUCUUAAAGAAGAAAGUGAAGAUGAAGGAACUAGCAUAUCUGAUUCUAGUAGGUCACUGGUGGAGGAAUUAUUGGGAGCUAGUACAUCAUUCGAGGACAAAGAAGUGAAGGAGUUUAUUUCCAAGAAGGAAAUAGAAGAAGCUGAUGAUAGAAAUUCGGACAAUGGAUCUUCAGAGUCAUUAAUGUCUGCUUCUGUCAUACAUGAUCAAGUGUCUCAUACAAUUGAAAAGGAUUUAAUUAUGGUUCAUUUGCUUCGCCUUGCAUGUGCUUCUCAAGGUGUAUUAGCCAAUGGGUUGCCAGAAAUAGCUUCAGAGUUGCACAAUCUAGGGCUUUUGUCAGAUAGGGUUCGGGAUUUGGUUACUAAGCGUUCGUGGAUGUUUAACAAAGCCUUUAGUCAUGUUUUCGAGCAGCAAAUGGUUUCAUCCCCAAUUGCUCAAUUUUGGAAAGCUACUACUGAUUUUGGUGGACAGAAUACUUUAUCUCCUCCAAGUUCCCGAUACCUCAGUGAUUUUGAGGAGCUCCGUCCACUUGGUCAUGGGGGAUUUGGUCGUGUUAUGUUGUGCAGAAAUAAGCUAGAUGGAAGACAAUAUGCUGUGAAGAAGAUUUUCCUUAAGGACAAGAGUCCACCUGUUAACAACAGAAUAUUGAGGGAGGUAGCUACACUUUCCCGUUUGCAGCAUCAACAUGUCGUCCGUUACUAUCAGGCAUGGUUUGAAACAGAAGUUGGUGGUUCUCAUGGUGAUACCUUCUGGGGUUCAAGAGCUGGUGGGAGCUCCAGUUGCAGCUACAGGGGGGUGAGCUCGAGAAAUGCCACUGGACCGGAGAACAAGCUUGAAUCAACAUACCUAUACAUACAAAUGGAAUAUUGUCCUGGGACUCUACGCCAAGUCUUUGAGUCAUAUAGCAGCAGUUUUCAGAAGGAAAAUGCAUGGCAUUAUUUUCGCCAAAUUGUUGAAGGACUGGCUCACAUUCAUGGACAGGGAAUCAUACAUCGUGAUUUGACACCAAGUAACAUAUUUUUUGAUGCUCGGAAUGACAUUAAAAUUGGAGAUUUUGGUCUUGCAAAAUUCUUGAAGCUGGAGCAGGUUGACCAUGAUCCACUUUUCCCACCUGAUACAGUUGGAGUUUCAGUGGAUGGAACUGGUCGAGUGGGCACCUAUUUCUACACUGCUCCUGAAAUUGAGCAAGGGUGGCCAAAAAUUGAUGAAAAGGUUGACAUGUACAGCUUAGGAGUUGUAUUCUUUGAGCUGUGGCACCCUUUUGGGACAGCGAUGGAAAGACAGAUUGUUCUUUCUGAUCUGAAACAAAAUGGAGCACUACCUUCUACUUGGGAAGCUGAAUUUCCUGAGCAAGCAUCCUUAUUGUGGCGCUUAAUGUCUCCAAGUCCAUCAGAUCGUCCGUCUGCGACUGAACUUCUGGAGAAAGAAUUGCCUCCGUUGCCUCCUCAGGGGGAAAAUGAGUGGUUAGAUGAUAUUCUACAAAGGAUGCAUUCUGAGGACAGAUGUGUUUAUCAUAAGGUUGUAAAUGCUAUUUUUAUGACCCAUCAACCCAACAUCGGGAGAGCGGAAUUGGCCAGAGACACAUCUUCCUUCAUCCAGUACACAGAGAUAGACACUGAAUUCCGUGAUAAUGUUGUUGAGGUUGCAAAAGAAGUGUUCAGGCAGCAUGGUGCUAAGCGGAUGGAGAUAACACCAAUGCGUGUUUUGGAUGAUAACCAGCAAUUUCAUAGGGAUGGAGUCAAACUUCUGUCCGGUGAAGGAGAUAUGCUUGAGCUAUGUCACGAACUGCGAUUACCUUUUGUUAACUGGGUUAUAAAAAGCCAGAUAUCUUCAUUCAAACGGUAUGAAAUAUCAUGGGUUUAUAGAGAAGGAAUUUGUCAGUCACCCCCAGAUCGUUAUCUUCAGGGAGACUUUGACAUUAUUGGAGGUGCAUCAGUAUUGACAGAGGUAGAGAUUAUUAAGGCAACAAUGGAUAUCAUAGCUCGAUUUUUUCCACUGGAGUCUUGUGAUAUUCGUUUAAACCAUGGUGAUUUAUUGGAAGCAAUGUGGACUUGGGUUGGAAUUGAGGGUGAUCUUAGACACCGUGUGUCAGAGGUUCUCUCUAUCAUGGGGUCUUUGCGUCCUCAGUCCCCAGAACGUAAAUUAAAAUGGGUUUUCAUACGGCGACAACUUUUGCAGGGUCUUAAUCUUGCAGAGGCUGUUGUGAAUAGAUUACAGACAGUAGGAUCAAGGUUCUGUGGAACAGCAGAUCAGGCCCUCCCAAGAUUGAGGGGAGCCCUUCCCCCUGAUAAAUCCACGCGCAGGGCUCUUGAGGAAUUAGCUUCCCUCUGCAGCUACCUUAGAGUUUGGAGGAUUGAGAAACAUGUUUUCAUAGACACCCUUAUGCCACCUACAGAGGGUUAUCACAGAGAAAUAUUUUUUCAGAUAUACUUCAAUCCUGGAUCAUCUACCGAGGAAGUUCUUCUUGCGGUUGGUGGUCGCUAUGAUCAUCUGCUUCAUCAAAUGUGGGAUAAUAAUUCUAAAUCAAAUCCACCAAGUGCUGUUGGGACCAGCCUUGCUCUAGAGUCGGUCAUUCAGCACUCUUCAGUCGAGAUCAAACCUUCUAGACAUGAAGCUGGCAGUAAUGUUCUUAUUUGUUCAAGAGGUGGAGGUGGUUUGAUUGAAGAGCGAAUGGAAAUUGCUGAUGAGUUAUGGCGAGCAAACAUCAAGGCGCAAUUUGUCCCGUUAUCAGAACCAAGCCUCACAGAGCAGUACGAAUAUGCAAAUGAGCAUGAUAUUAAAUGCCUUGUCUUCAUCACUGACACUGGUCUCUCUCAGACAGGCUCAGUUAAGGUCCGUCACCUUGAACUGAAGAAGGAGAAAGAAAUAAAGAGAGAAAUGCUUGUGAAGUUUCUAACGGAUGCAGUAGCCACACAGUUCAGGAACCACUCUAUUUGGAAUUGAAAAGGCAUGUGUCUCAGAGCUUCAGUUUUCCAGGUGCUCUGCUCACCAAUAGCCUUUCGGACCAACUUGCACCGAAUCUGCCUACCACAGCUUACAAGCAGCUGCCAGACAUGGUACAACAUAUUGGACGAGAUUGUUGAUACCUAUAGUUUCUGUUUUGAAAAU